GGUGGCACUUUAGACACUUCCAUCAUCUUUCAUUAUUUUGACAUUACGAGAAUCAGUCCCGAUUAUUUUAAAAUUUACGGUUAAAUUUACCAAGUAAUUUAUUUAAAUAACUUAAAAAAUGACUAGAGCAAACAUAGAGUUAGGAAACGUAACCCCACAUAAUAUCAAACAACUGAAACGGCUUAACAGCGUGGUUUUUCCUGUCUCGUAUAACGAUAAAUUCUACAAAGACGUUCUAGAAGCAGGAGAACUAGCGAAAUUGGCGUACUACAACGACAUCGUGGUGGGGGCUGUAUGUUGUCGAAUCGACACCUCAGAAAAAUCAAGACGACUAUACAUAAUGACUUUGGGCUGCCUCUAUCCCUACCGUAGGCUUGGAAUAGGAACCCUAAUGGUUCAACACGUUUUAUAUUACGUUGAACAAGAUGGAAAUUUCGAUAGCAUAUUCCUACACGUGCAGGUUAAUAACGAAGGAGCCAUAGAUUUUUACAAAAAAUUCGGCUUUGAGAUAGUGGAAACCAAAGAACAUUAUUAUAAGAGAAUAGAACCAGCGGAUGCUCAUGUAUUGCAAAAAACUUUAAGAAAAAAGGGACAGACGAACGGUAAUGCUGAAUAAAAAGUACUUUGCUUUUAAUGAUUGUUUAAUAGGAAGGUUCUUUUGUUACAGUAUUUUAAAUUUCAAAACAUUGUCUUUUGUUUGUUUGCUUCUUAAUAAAGUUUGUUUUUGAGGUACAAAUUGUUCACCUGCAACCACAAACUGAAAUGAUCAUAUUUUCAUAACCUUGAUUACAGCGUUGCCAUAUUUAUCGUAAAACGUUAUUGGAAGGGGAGUACUGGGUUGGCGUGCAACACAGAGGUUUUUAAUAACCUCUGGAGCAAAGUCAGUGAUUCUCACAUGGUUUGGUAAAUUGUCGUUUCUAUAACAUGUACCAUCCAGUUUAAUUUUUCAAAUUCGAUGUGUAAGUCUCUUUCAUUAUGGUGAAAGAAUCCUAUAACUAAAAAUUGUAGCUUUUGUGAAAAAAAAGUUGAUGUUACUGUUAUUUGAUGAUUCUAAUUUUAAAAUCAAGAACGUUCCCAAACUAUCUUUACUAGUUUCCUUAAAAAUACUAAACAGCUCUCAUUUGGUUUAGAAAUUGUAAUAAAUAACGAAAGAUCUGUUUGUUUUUAAACCCGUGGACGAGGGGAUUCGUUAAUUUAAAUAUCUAUAACAAAUGCAACUAUUAAAGUUUUAUAAAA